UAUGGAGUAUGGACAUGUAAAAUAAAAUGGACAAAGAAGUUGUUUAUUUUAGUAAUAUAAUUAUUAUUACAAAAAUUGAUUGCACGGGAAAAGGGCUGUAAAACUUAAAAUUUUAAAUAAAAAAAGAAACACAUAAAUUGAUUGUGAGAUUAAUUAUUAUAUCACAACUACUUAUAAACGUACCGUAACUCGUAAGAUAAAAAGGAAAUACAAAAAUGAUACAGCCAGAUUUUCCCUCGGCAAUGGGUCUUUUAGCCCAUCUCAACUCGGAUGAACUAAAAGAAAUGCUGAACGACGACGCUAAGUUUGAUUUAGUUCUUAAAGACGUUAAACAAGUGAAAGAUUGGGAAACUGAAAAAGAAAUGAUCAUUGCUAGCAAUAGAUCACUAGCUGAAUACAAUUUGAGUAAAGAACCUGAACUGGAAAAGAUAAAAAGUGAAAUUCAACAAGAAUCAGAAGUAGGUGAAAGUCUAUGCAGCCACAUUCAAGAACUGCUCAAUGAAUAUAAAACAAAGUCUGCUGGGAUAUCUCCUGAUACUACACUGGCAUUACUACAAACAGCUUCAGCAGAAACUGAAGAGCAAUCAGAGAAUAUAGCACAGGACUUUCUCUCAGGCAAAAUUGAUGUAGAUAAAUUCCUGGAAGAGUUUGAACCAAUACGAAAGAUAAUGCACUUACGAAAAUUCAAAGCAGAGAAGAUGAGUGAUUUAUUAAGAAGUGGAGGACAGAAUAUGUAUGGGAAUGGAUUCUCAAAACCAUAUCUACCCUAUCCCAGUUACAAUGCUCCACAAAAUGUACCUUAUCCAGUAGGCCCAUUAAAUAUGCCUAUGCCUGGCAUGUAUGGAAACCACUUCUAAAUGUUAUACUUAUAGAUUAUUUAUUGGUGUCACAAUGAGGAUGUCAGUUCCAUUAGGCCAUUAUCAUAAUUUAAUGUGAUAUCAUGAUAUGAUGCCAUAUUUUAUUCCUUUUACUAAGAAAUAGUUCAGUUUGGGAGUGUUGUCAAUGGUUGGACAUUGUUUCAUUAAGAAUUUUCAUUAGUAGAUCAUAAAAAUAAAAAUCCACUUACCAAUGGUGCUUCAAAAAUAUAGAAAAACAAUCACAGUGUUUAAUUUUUAAAAAAAUUGAUUGAAUAGUAGACAUUAGUUACAUCUUACAUUAUUUGACUUAUUUUGGAGUUGUUAUACAAUUAAUAUAGUAUAAGGUACUUUUACAUCUUAAUUUUCAAAAUGCACUAUUGUAUUUAUCUUAUAGUUUUUAACUUUUAUUUUAUUCAGUUACAAAUUAAACCAUAAUAUGUUAACAUUUUAUUAAAAUAAAUAUAAUUUUUCUACA